UUCACCCUAGCUUGUUCUCUCCUACCCCUGUUUUCUACAAUUCCGAUAGCGACGAGCUUUGGAAUCCAAACGACUCAAUGGACCCUCUUGCUUCUCCAUCACAGUCUGGACGAGCCAACAAAAGAAAGCGCGAAUCUCCAGAUCAGUUUGUUAUCCCCGUUGACAUGCCAGGGAGAUCGGAACAGGUGAUAGGUUCUUUGAAACGAGCGUCACCGGGCGAGACAAAGACAAUUCCGACCGGUGCAGCCUGUUCCCUGACUAGCAACAUGUCACAGAUCCUACAAAGCCAUCCGUCUUCAAUGUCCUCUGCUGUCGACCUCCUGGACCUCUAUCUGUGUCUAUGGGAGUGCUACACGAUCAAGUCGGCCGGCAAAAUACGCUUGGAAGAGGAACGUCGCUUCCUGCAAAACUCGAAUGAAUGGUUAGUGAGAGAAAACGGAAAGCUCCAACAGUGCUACAAUCAUCAAGAACUGCUGCUGUGGGAUCAUCGUCAGGCCUUUGUCUCCGUACACCAGGGUAUUCUCGGAAUACUACAGAAUAUCCCUUCAGACUACGAUUUGGAUCUAGAUCUUGAAUCAAUUUGGAGAGAAUUUCCCAAUAUACCGACACCGCCACUUUGCCUAGCAGAAAACCGUGGCACUCUGUGCUCAAACCAACCACUCAGGGGAUGGUUAGAAUAUACUCAGCAUAGGCAUAAGAGGACUCCGGCCAUCGAAUGUAUUUUCUAUCCCAGCUACGAGAACGUCUGCGCCUUCAGCUGGACGGGGCCGGAUCCGUUAUCCCAAGACACCUGCGCCGAUGAUAUUUUCCUUUAUGUAUCGGCAUUUUUCCUUUUUGAGCGGGUGAACUGGAUAGAACUCCGGCUCAGUAAGUUCAGUACGGAAACCGGAGAGGCUGUCGAAGAGUAUCCGUUCUUUCUUCCGCGGGUUGAGUCAAUGCUGGGCAACUUACGAAGGAUACGUUGUCAGAUAAGUGACAUCCUCUCGCAGCAUCCUACAGCGGGAAACAUAACAUGCGCUGGACAAUCAAGGUUUCAGUUAGCUAUAUGGCCACGCGUAGAGGUCACAGACAACUCUACCCUGUGGAGUUCGGUUCCCUUAUCUCGCAUUCACCCUUCUAUACCCAUACCAUUCCUUGAUCCACAGGUUUUUGUACAGAAUAUAGUGGAAAAUUGGGAACUCUGA